AGGAAAAAGCAAAUCUUAGGUCUACAUUUAUUGAUAGAUUUCAACAGGAAAUAUGGAUAAGUGGACAUUAUUCAUGAUAUUAUUUAUAAGUAUAUCAUAUAGUUCUUCAGAAGAAGUUGAUGAUGAAAAACAAAUGGAGACUUUUAAGAUCGAAGGAAAGGUUUCUGUGCCGGGUGUCAAGCCCGCAGACUGGGUACUGCUAACGAAAGUGCUGGUGGACGGCGGCGCGUUCGUCGGCUUUGUCAGAUCGGAUGGAAGUUUCGAGGUUCACGACGUACCUACUGGAUCCUACAUCGUAGAGUUCGCUCAUCCUAAGUAUAUGUUUGAAGCCACCAGAAUAGACAUCUCUGCCAGGGGCAAGAUCAGGGCUAGGAGAGUGAACAACGUCGACAGCAAGUCGGUGGUACAGGUUGCCUACCCACUGAAAGUCAGGAGUAAGGGGCUGGCAGGUUAUUUCCAGAAGAGAGAAGAGUUUAAAAUAGUGGAUGUCCUAAAAAACCCUAUGGUGCUUAUGAUGGUUUUGCCUGUAGUCUUUAUUGUCAUACUACCCAAGCUAAUCAACACACAAGAUCCAGAAUUACAAAAGGAAAUGUCGAACAUGAAUUUGAUGAACCAGAAGCAAGAUUUACCAGAUUUAUCUGAGAUGGCCACAAGCUUCUUUGGUGGAGGAUCAUCGGCUCCAAAGAAAUCCAAAGACAAGGCUAUUAAAGCCAAACGGAAAUAACAUUUUGUACUCUGUUAUCAUGUAGUAGAUGAUUGAUUACUUUUUGGUGUAACAUGGCCUCUUUAGAUGCAGGCAGCUUGGUUAAACAUGCACAAAGGAGGGUAAGGUGGUUGGCACAAGUGAU